AUGGGGGCUUUAACCAACAACCGGAAGCGAGGGGACGACUAUUACAAAUCUCUGGUUUCGCCAUCAGCCCCAAUAGAUCAAUCCUACAUUCACAUUGCCAAAAAGCCCAGACUUUCAAUUUCUCCGGCUCAACGCACGCCGCAAAACAGCUGCGCCCAACCGCCAAGCUCGAUCACGUCGAGAAUUUCUAAGUAUCCGGAUAGAAAACAGGGUUUUUCACGGGAGGUUCAUGCCCCUACAGGGAACUCAAGAUUCAGACCCUCUUCUUCCGCUAAGAGAAGUGAAUCUGCUGGUAGUUCCGAGGAAAGUCCAGUAAUGGGGAGAUUCAGUUUUUUUAACCGGCGUUAUGAAGAAGCUCGGACGAGAGUAAGGAGAACUUUUGGGAAGGUGAAAGAGAAGGAGGUGAUUGAGGUUGAUAGUGAGGAUGAUGAAAGAGAUGACAUCAUUGAUGAUCCCAUCAUUGAGGAGUUGAAGGUUGUUAGUUCUGUAGGCAGAAAGAGAAAGAAAAGGCAAAAGGAUGUGGAAAAUUCACGUCAACCGAAUUUGAAGAAAGUUGAAAAAGAAGUGAGGUUUUUAGAUUUGUCUGUCAAAGCAGAUGCAAGCAAUGCAGUUGUGGAAACAGAUGAUAGGGAUAAAGGUGGUUUUGUGCAGCUGGACCAAGGAGCAGAUGACUCUAUAUUGCCGUUGUAUAAAAAGAUGCAUGAUGGAAUAAGCAAGAGAUAUGAUGGUCCGCUGGAAAGCAUAAAACAUGAGAUAGGAAGGCGUGAGAAACACAGGCGUUGGUUUCCCUUAUUGUAUUCUCAGAAGAAAGAAGAGCAAAUUAAGAAGGAUGUGGCGAAAGAGUGUUUCGUGCCCCUUACAGAGAAGGAAGAGAGUGAAGUUUCUUAUGCCUUGUCGAAGCCAAAUAGGAGAAAAAUGUUGGUGACUCACGAGAAUUCAAAUAUCGAUAUAACUGGAGAGAAAUUGCAGUGUUUCAGACCUGGAGCAUGGCUUAAUGAUGAGGUCAUUAAUUUGUAUCUUGAAUUAUUGAAAGAAAGGGAAAAAAGGGAGCCAGAGAAGUUCUUGAAAUGCCAUUUCUUCAACACCUUUUUUUAUAAGAAGCUGAUCAGUGGUAGAGGUGGCUACAAUUUCCAAUCAGUUAGGAGAUGGACCACACGAAGGAAACUUGGAUAUAAUCUUUUGGAGUGCGAUAAGAUUUUUGUGCCAAUUCACAAAGAAAAUCAUUGGUGCCUAGCGAUUAUCAACAAGAAGGACGAAAAGUUUCAGUAUCUUGAUUCACUCAGAGGGGUCGAUUCUCAAGUUUUGAAUGCUCUGGCCAGAUAUUUUGUUGAUGAGGUGCAGGACAAGUGUGGAAAAGACAUUAAUGUUAGUUCGUGGGAGAAAGAAUUCGUCACAGAUCUUCCUAAGCAGGAAAAUUGGUAUGACUGUGGUGUAUUUAUGAUCAAAUAUGCCGAUUUCUACAGCAGAGACAUUGGACUGUGUUUUAGUCAGGAACAUAUGCCUUAUUUUAGGCGAAGGACUGCAAAUGAGAUUCUGAAAUUGAAAGCCGAGUGA